UGCAGUGGCCUCGGGGAGAUGCCCGGCUCCUUCGUGCCCACAGUCACUGCCAUAACGACUAGCCAGGACCUGCAGUGGUUGGUACAGCCCACUCUGAUCUCUUCCAUGGCCCAGUCGCAGCCUCAGGGCCAACAGAUGUCUCACCAGCAGCCACCACCUGCAGUGGACCCCUAUGACCUGCCCGGGACCAGCUAUUCCACCCCGGGGAUGGGCGCCUACAGCGCUGGCCCCUCGACAGCCGGAGCCGCCGCCCCAUCGCCCAGCUCUGCUCGGGCUCGGCCCCGGAGGACACGGGAGGAAACGCUGACGCCGGAGGAGGAGGAGAAGCGACGCGUCCGCAGGGAGAGGAACAAGCUGGCAGCGGCCAAGUGCCGGAACCGGCGCCGGGAGCUGACGGACCGACUCCAGGCGGAGACCGACCAGCUGGAGGAAGAGAAGGCAGGGCUGGAGUCCGAGAUCGCGGAGCUGCAGAAGGAGAAAGAGCGCCUGGAAUUUGUCCUCGUGGCGCACAAACCCGGCUGCAAAAUCCCUUACGAGGACAUGCCCGAGCUGGGCGGCCAGCCCGGCCCGUCGACGGAGGUGAGCUCUCUGGGGAUGCCCGUCAAGGACGACCCGUUCGGGCCAGCCGCCUACCCGUCUGUGCCCCUCCACUACCAGCAGAGCCUCGGCGUGCCGGCGCCAGGCGCGGCGGGCCCAGCGGAGGUAGCGUUUUCUAGUUCUUACUUUACACAUGGUGAGCUGCUGAGCGCCCCGUACCCUGUUAACCCUUCAUAUACAUCUUCGUUUGUGUUCACCUACCCAGAGGGAUCUACCUGCGGAGCCACACACCAGCGGAACAGCAGCAGCGACCACUCCUCGGACUCCUUGAAUUCUCCCUCGCUACUGGCUUUGUGAAACACAAACCAAACAAAGCCAAUCAAACCCGCCCAUGCAAACGGGGGGGGGUGUGUGUGUGCGCGCGGGGGACACGCUGCAAACGGACAGCCCGCAGCCUGCAGCCGUCUGUGCCAUUAGUUAACUGAGGGGACCCCUCCCCACCCCCUCCCUUGCUGACGCUGUCGGGGACUUGGUUUUAAUCUGGCUGGAGGAGCAGGAAGCUUCGGCACCGCCGCUUUGAGCCGGGAUGGAUUGUGGAGCUCGGCC